UUCCCGUUGGGAAAAUCCCAGUAGAAUCGCACAACAACAAAAUGUGUAAGUGUGGUUGUGGUGCGAUUUCAACGACAGAAACUGUGAUUAAGAAAUGAAAGACAUUUUCCUUCGGGUUGCUAAAACAGAACCUGGACAUAAUAUUCACUGACAGUGACAUCGUUACACGUUACUGGGCUGAGGUAAAAGGGUCACAGUACAUUGAUUGUACGGCAGUGCAGGUUUCUUUGGCAAGCCGGGUGCGGAUGGCACGCUAUCAAUGUCAGGAAAUGAAAUUCCGGAUACUUUGUUCUGGUGAAAAUGAUGUGAAGGAAAAGGCUGAAAGUCUUAGUAAAGUUCUGACAGACAGAACACCUAAGCCAGCCUUCUCUGGGAUACUUAUCAUACAUGGUGUCGAGGAUGUCCAAAAGGCAGGUUUGUUUUUGCAGAGUGAUUUUGAAGGGACUACAAUAUUCAUUUUGGACAGAGACUUCUUGUCCCUAACAGAGAACAGAAAGGCAUUCAAGUUGUUCCAGAACAUCAAAGAGUAUCUGUAUCCCCGGAGAAAUGGCCGCGUCCUCUUCAUCAAUCAUGGUGUUUCAGAGGAGGCACUGGAAGAGUUUAAGAAGGAUUUUGAUUUGUCAGACAACUUUGUGCAAGCACUUGUUCACUUCGCAGAAAUUACAGAAAUUGCCAAUUAUGUCUACAGACUGAUAUGUCACGGCGGUCCGACAGCAUCCAUUGAGGAGUCCGUGAGCGUUCCUACAGGAAUAGUCAGAAAUCUCACCGACCCAGCCCUUGAUUCAUCCAACUGGGAAAGGAUGAGCGUGAGUUCCUUACAAAAUGCUGCGCCUGUUUCUAAUUUGCCAUCUUACUACUUGCGACACAACUCUCCACCAGAAUCAGCAUCAAGUGGCCUUCACAACAUUCGAAGCCCAAUGGAGCACUAUUGUUCUAUAUCGUCUGAUAGUGGGUCAGCGGAUGGGUCUAGGCAGCCCCCAGUUGGGGAUUCAGCCCCGGUGUCCUUUAACAAGGGGUCAUCAAGGUCACUACCAGCAUCCACCUCACCACAAGCCCAACAGGACCCUGCUACAUUCAGGUCUGAGCCAGCAGCAAGAGCUAUACCACAAGUGAUGGGAUAUAACCCUGGUCAGGUGACUGGAAAUAACCCUGGUCAGACGACUCGAUAUAACCCAGGUCACGUGACUGGAUAUAGCCCUGGUCAGGUGACUGGAAGUAACCCUGGUCAGGUGACUGGAUGUAGCCCUGGUCAGGUGACUGGAUAUAACCCUGGUCAGGCAACUGGUUAUAACCCUGGUCAGGCGACUAGAUAUAAUCCUGGUCAAGUGACCCGAAAUUACCCUGGUCAGGUGACUGGAUAUAACCCUGGUCAAGCGACCCGAAAUAACCCUGGUCAGGUGACCGGAAGUAACCCUGGUCACGUGACUGGAUAUAAUCCUGGUCAAGCGACCCGAAAUAACCCUGGUCAGAUGACUGUAUAUAAUCCUGGUCAAGCGACCCGAAAUAACCCUGGUCAGGUGACUGUAUAUAACCCUGGUCAGGUGACUGGAUAUAACCCAGGUCAGGUGACUGGGAAUAACCCUGGUCACAUGACUGGAAUUACCUCGGAACACCCAACAGCUCAGUUGAUGCAACAAAGAGUGCCUGAACAAAAUCAAGAACAAGCAGAAAGCUUUUCCUCUGAGAACAUAUUUUUUUCAAGUUAUCAGCAGCAGCAACAGUAUGACCCGUCGAAUCAGCAGGGUGUCGUGAUGGAGAACUAUGUGCAGCCUGUUCCCAAUCAAGGAGCAGUGAGUGUUAACACCAAUGACAGUGGAAACUUUAGUACAUAUAGGUCAAGUGGUGUACAGUUCAUCAGUCAGGACCAGCUGAGCACAGGAUCGCCAAUGGUUUCGUCAUAUGUCCGUGGAGACAUGGAGCAUUUAUUGGAUGAUCAGGCAUUACCAACUUCCCUUUAUAAUUCAAAUAACCCAGAGCAGGGUUUCAAAUCAGGAUUCUGUGUAGACUGCAAGAAAAGCAAAGACCCCUUGGCUGUAACCGUUCCCCCAGAUGCUGCACAGAAUCAAGACUUUUUCACAGAUGAAUCUGUAGCUCCAUUUCCAACAUUUGGUCCCACUGCUCUGAAUGAGGUCUGUGAAGAAUGUUCACAGAAAAGGCAAAACAUGAAAUUAGACAGUAUACCAUCAAUGGAAUCAAGCAUGAUCAACUCAAUGAUUCUAAGUGAUGCAAGUGGGAAGCUUGGAAAUAGUAGAAAUAGCGGACUCAGUCAGAAUUCUUACAGUGGUCAGGGCGAUCAGUUGAGUCAACCGUCAUUCCAGGGGCAGAUGUCAAAGAAAGAACAAGGGUUAAACCAGGGACAGGUGUCAGAAGGUCAAAGGUCAAUACAUGGGCAGAUGUCACAAGGUUAUGGAUUAAAUCAAAGACAGAUGGUACAAGGACAGAUGUCACAGGGUCAAAGGUUAAAUCAAAGACAGAUGGUACAAGGACAGAUGUCACAAGGUCAAAGGUUAAAUCAAAGGCAGUUCUCGCAGGAUCCAUUGGCUGUGCAGACCCAAGUGGACCAGAUAGUGGAGGGGAUAUCAAACAUCAGAUUCCCAGGACUUAGAAACAUCACACUAUCCGAGACUCAACAGCAGAUCAGUGGUAUUGUAAAUGCAUACACUGAUCAGAAGUGUGACCGAAAUAGUGAACAAGGACAACACGACCAAAAAAUGGCUCCUAACUCACAGAACCUUAGGAUGCAGAAUGUGUCUGUCCAGAGGAUGGCCUUGCCCCAGGGGAUGACCACGUCUCAGAGAAUGACUUCACCCCAGGAGAUGACCUCGCCUCAGGGGAUGACUUUACCCCAGGGGAUGACCUUUCCUCAGGGGAUGACCUUGCCUCAGGGGAUGACCUUACCCCAGGUAAUGACCUCAUCUCAGGGGAUGACUUCGCCACAAAGAAUGACCUUGGCUCAGAGAAUGACCAGCAUGCCAACCAUUGGGAUGCAGGAGUCGGAAAUGAACUUGCUAUCAAGCUUUAGUGGUGCUGGUGGUGGGACGUCUCGGGGACUCCAGUCUCUUCCCAGUAAUCUAGACUCGCACACUGCAGGCUUCUUGGGGCCCAACAUCCGCCCGGGGGAUCCUGACAACCACUCAAGUAUGCAGUCUGAAACAGAUAACAGAGAUUUUGAUGAUCGUUUGAAUGGAAACACUGGUUCACCCAGAAGGGAGGACAGGGGCACAAGGACCAUCAGUUCAAGUAAUACAAACAGUCACCGCGGACGUGAUGACGGCGCCUCGGGCGCAAUGGACCCAGGGCCUGCCAAUGAUGCUGUGGGAGCAGAGAACCAGGUUGACAUCCAUGAUCUAGCCUUGUCCGUGUUUGAGUUUAUUCGGGACCAGCUGGACUGUUCCCAGAUGUACAAUUGGAGGAACCUGGCUGACCUACACGGUCUCAACUACCGCCAGAUUCAGGACAUUGAACAAUUGUGGAAGAACCACAGGAUCAGCAGUCCCUUUGAGUACUUAAUCCGCACUUUCCAACGCUAUAGUGUCCAGCAACUUCGGAAUGACCUCAGAAAAAUCCCACGCUGUGACCUACUGGAUCGCCUGAAGAGGUUGGAGAUUGAUGGAAAAUUACCAGCAGGUUGUGCUGGUCUGUUUACCGGUCCGUCCUGAUUGUUUCCUGUGUCUGACGUUGAUUUGUAGGGUAUCAGUUUGUAACUUGGACAUAUUUGGCUUAAGGACUUUAAACUUGGUGAUGAGUUUGUGUUAUCCGAGCGAGCCGUCCAUACGUGUGAUGAUGGGUUUUGUUUCAUCAGUACACCAAGUCUGUCUCGUGCUAGGAAUGUGAAGAUUACAUAGGCCAAGAUUGACAGUGUUUGACACACUAUUACUGUAAAUAUAAAACAAUGCUGUGUUACUACUACCCCAGUGGUUCACACAAGGUGUAAUACAUAUAAUACUACCUCAGGUCCUAUAGGACUGGUACCUGUGGUCAACACAAUAGAGGUGUUGUGUAUGGUCCUGCCUUGUUUAUCUGGCACCUCUAAUCUGUCUGUUAAUCACGCCACCUCUAAUCUGCCCUUUAAUCACGCCACCACUAAUCUGUCUGGUAAUCAUGCCACCAAUAAUC